AUGGCGUCCAUGUUUGAACAGCCAGGGAACGGCACUCUUUUCCUCGGUGGCCAGAAGAUUUCCGGAUCGGACAUUCGUGACCAAAACGUGCUGGCCACGCAAGCCAUUGCAAAUGUUGUCAAGAGCUCCUUUGGCCCCAGCGGCCUCGAUAAGAUGAUGGUCGACGACAUUGGUGACGUCACCGUCACCAACGAUGGCGCCACCAUUCUCCAGCUCCUCGACGUCGAAGACCCGGCCGGCAAGAUCCUCGUCGAACUCGCUCAGCAACAAGAUAGGGAAGUCGGCGACGGUACCACCUCGGUCGUCCUCAUCGCCGCCGAGCUGCUUCGUCGCGGCAACGAGCUCAUGAAGAACCGCAUACAUCCCACCACCAUCAUUACUGGAUACCGUCUUGCUCUUCGCGAGGCCGUCAAGUACCUCCAGGAGAACGUCAGCAUCAAGGUUGAGAACCUCGGCCGCGAUUCCCUCCUUAACAUUGCCAAGACCUCCAUGUCCAGCAAGAUCAUUGGCGCCGACUCCGACUUUUUCGCAGACAUGGUUGUCGAUGCCAUCACCGCCGUCAAGACGACCAACUAUAAGAAUGAAGUCAAGUACCCCGUCAAGGCUGUCAACAUUCUCAAGGCUCAUGGCAAGGGUACCCGCGAGUCCAUGCUUGUCAAGGGUUACGCUCUCAACUGCACGGUCGCCUCGCAGGCCAUGCCCACCUAUAUCCAGGACGCCAAGAUUGCCAUCUUGGACAUGAACCUGCAAAAGGAACGCAUGAAGAUGGGCGUCAAGAUCACCGUUGACGACCCUCAGCAGCUGGAGCAGAUCCGUGCACGCGAGUCCGGCAUGAUUCUCGAGCGCGUUGACCUGAUCCUCAAGGCCGGCGCCAAUGUCAUCCUCACCACCAAGGGCAUUGAUGACCUCGUACUAAAGACAUUUGUUGAGAAGGGCGCCAUGGGCGUACGCCGGUGCAAAAAGGAGGACCUUCGCCGCAUCGCCAAGGCGACCGGUGGCACCCUGCUAAGCACUCUGUCGGAUCUCAACGGUGACGAGAAGUUUGAUCCCUCAUACCUCGGUCAUGCUGAGUCUAUUUCUCAGGAACGCAUCUCCGACGACGAGUGCAUCAUCAUCCGCGGACCCAAGAACCAUUCGGCAGCCUCGUGCAUUCUGCGCGGCCCCAACGAUUACACUCUUGACGAAAUGGAGCGCUCUAUUCACGACUCCCUCUGCGCUGUUAAGCGUACUUUAGAAAGCGGCAGCAUCGUCCCCGGUGGCGGCGCUGUCGAGACUGCGCUUCACAUUUACCUGGAAGAGUUUGCUGGCACAGUUGGCUCUCGCGAGCAGCUUGCCAUUGGCGAAUUUGCCCAGUCUCUCCUGGUUAUUCCCAAGACGCUGGCCGUCAACGCUGCCAAGGAUGCCGCCGAGCUAGUCGCGCAGCUGCGCUCAAGACACGCACUGUCUCAGCGUAUCCAGGAGGGUGAUGCCAACGACGACGAGAAGACGAUUGCGCGCAAGAAGGGUUACAAGAACUAUGGUCUUGACCUCAUGCGCGGCAAGGUCGUGGAUGAGCUCAAGCUCGGUGUUUUGGAGCCUAGUGUCAGCAAGGUUAGGCAGUUGAAGAGUGCUGUCGAGGCAUGCAUCUCCAUCAUGCGCAUUGAUACCCUCAUCAAGGUCAACCCUGAAGCUCCCCAGGAUGAUGGCCAUGGUCAUUAA